AUGCAGGAAAAUAUGUUUAUUUCACCUGAACAACUACACAUUUUGGUCCGCCACCGACAAUCUGUAAAAACAAAUGAGCCUCUUCAAGUUUCGAUGCACUCCUUCACCGGCCGCAUUGAUAAACUUCACCGCAUUUUGAUCAUUUCAGCAGUACUCGCGCUGUUAUGUGUAAGAAAAAGACUUGUGGGGGUAUUUGGCAAAAUGAAAAGUGUAUAA